CUCUCUCUCUCUCUCUCAGUCUCUCUGACAUCGGCAUUUUCUCAUACAGUAAGCGCCAGGCACUGACAAUGUGGACAUCAGCAGGGAAUAUAUAGUGUCUAUCAUCUACUUACGCAUCGUGUUACCAGCGCAUUCAACUUCAUUAUUAACAGAGAAGCGAGCGGAAGGAGAGACUCCUGACUCCCCCCUCCCCACCCAUUCCAUCAUCCGCAGAGCAUCUUUCAUGCGUCUCCCUGGGCCCAACUCCCACGUCAGGAUGAACUGUGAGCAGGAUUUUGGAGAUGGAGGAAUGAAUGUCACACUAACCCUCCGCCUGCUCAUGCACGGCAAGGAGGUCGGAAGCAUCAUAGGCAAGAAAGGAGAGACCGUGAAGAGGAUACGAGAGGAGAGUAAUGCACGUAUCAAUAUCUCAGAAGGCUCGUGCCCAGAGCGAAUCAUCACCAUCACAGGAGCUACCGAGUGUGUCUUCAGAGCCUUCACCAUGAUCACAAUCAAACUAGAGGAGGACUUGGCUGCACUUGUGGCGAACGGCACAGUCACCAGUAAGCCUCCGGUCACACUACGGCUGGUUAUCCCGGCCAGCCAGUGCGGUUCGCUCAUCGGCAAGGGCGGAUCCAAAAUCAAAGAGAUCAGAGAGAAAACAGGAGCUCAGGUCCAGGUGGCUGGAGAUCUGCUCCCUAACUCCACAGAGAGAGGGGUGACGAUAUCCGGCAGUCAGGACGCCAUCAUCCAGUGUGUCAAACUCAUCUGCACCGUAAUACUGGAGUCUCCUCCAAAGGGUGCUACAAUCCCGUACCGCCCCAGUCCCGCCCCAAGUGCAGUUCUUCUAGCUGGAAAUCAGGUUUUCGAAACGUCAGAGUUUGCGUCUCACCCGCUUUUCUCGGUGGCUCAGGGCGGGCUGGAUCUGCAACAAGCAUAUACUGUACAAAACCAAUAUGGCAUUCCACACUCAGAGCUGGCAAAGUUGCACCAGUUGUCCAUGCAGCAGGGUCUCGCCCCCAUGGCUCAGCCCACAGCCACUCAAGUCCUGUCUGUAUAUGUUCGUCUUCCAGGCAUGGACUCCAGCUCCCAGACGGCAUCACAAGAACUCCUCAUUCCAAACGACCUAAUUGGUUCAAUAAUCGGCAGGCAGGGUACAAAAAUCAACGAGAUCCGUCAGGUAUCCGGGGCCCAAAUUAAAAUCGGCAGUCAACUGGACAGCACCAGUGACCGACACGUCACCAUCACAGGCUCCCCAAUCAGCAUCAACCUGGCCCAGUAUCUAAUCACAUCUUGUUUAGAGACCGCCAAAUCCACUGCCCAGUCCUCCUCCAUGUCGACCCCUGUAGACCUCAACAUGAGCUUCACCCAGACUGCUCCCCAUGCAUCGUCCUCUGCCGCAGCCCUGGCAGCGAUGGGUGGCCUGCCCCACGCUCCAAUCUUGGGCGCCCCCUAUACCCUUCCCCUCUCCAGCCUCCUGGGAAUCAAAUCCGUCCCCUUCCUGGCACUCUCGGCACCUGCCGCCAGCGCAGCGGCCGCUGCCCCCGCUCACGGCACCCUGGCUUCCUACACCGCCAAGAUCUCUUCCGCUAACGGCAUCAAGAAACCGGAGCGACAGAAGUUCGCACCCUACUGAGGAACUUCCACCAAUUUCCAGUGACGAGGAUCCUUUUCCUCUAGCCUGAUGUAGCCGUGUAGUCUACACCAAUUUGUUUCCGUUUUUGUUUUGUAGCUCGUCCUGAGAAAGGUAGGAAAAUAAUGGCAUCAUUUGUUUUACGUUGUUUUCUGGCUGAGGUAGCCGCUAAAGCCAUAGACAAUUCCUAAUCUCCUAUUUUCCCAAAAUCUUUACACACGUUUGUCUGCUCUUAUUUAUUGAUAACAAUGAAAUAUUCCCGCAAAGAGUUUAUAACGUACGACACUGUUGACUGAUGCUAAUCUCUUAUUAUGUAUCAGCUUUUAUACAAUAUGAUGUCUGUGAAUGCUUCUGUAUACAACUUUCUGAAUUUUUUUUUUUUUAGAAAUCUGUAUUAAAUUAAAAAUAUGGAGAAAAAUGUUUUUAAAAUGACAACAGAUCUAAACCUCGCUUUUGUGUUACAUUUUUACGUUUCGUUCACAUUCGUUUUAAAAUGUUAUUUAUUUUAUUUAUUGUACGUAUUGAGUGUUUCUUUUACGAUCAAUGUUUGUUUUCUGUAACAGCUGCAGGUAAAAAAAAACAAAAACAAAAAAAUCUUCAAAUAUCUUCCAUUCGAUCAUGGUUACACCCAUUCUGACACGCAUCUGAGUAACCAAGAACAAGACCGAUUUCUGGAAAGCGUCCAGCGCCACAGUGAAGCCUAGCAUAAUAAAAGUCCAAAUACUUAACGGUAGCUAUUCUUUCGAAACUCGUACGGAGGUGUGUCAGGGGUUUUCGUCACUGUUUCUGAUGGCGUAAAAUGACUACUAUGCAUGGUGACUUCCCUUGUCGUAAACUAAUGCUGCAUGUUGACUCGGCCCCUUACACGCACACACUAGCAACGACAACGGCUUUUAAAAUAGGCAGUGUUGCAGAAGAGCAAUAUUGGUUCCAGAUUUAGAUGUAAACAUACUGUAGCUACAGUCAUUAUGAUUAUGCUCGAUCACAAGAGUAUAUUACACAGACUUCCUAUUUGUUUUUCUUUUUAUUCAAAUUAAUAUAGAAAAUAUCACACUUAUUUUUCUAAAACUAGAGUCCUAAAAUUGAAUGUGACCACUCAUUCACACUUAGAUGUUGUGUAACCUUGUCAUUUGAUUUCUUUCAUUAGGUUAUUUGUUUAGAUAUACUUCUCUCAAACGUCUGUCCCAUACUCAUUUGCAUGAAUUUAACUUGGCGUCUAUGCAAAACAUCUCGGGGGUGGUUCAGCGAAGUAUCCUAUGUCAACAGCCCAGAACAAACCAUUGUUGAGAAAGAGCUGAUUGACGAAACCCGAACCCAAGAACAAUGAUGCUUUUACGAACCAUUCUUUGUAUAAUAUAUAUAUAUACACACACACAUGAAUAUAUACGUUGUAUUAUAUCCAUACUUCCCAUUCCGAAGCCUAACACGUAACCACCUUUUCACAAACUACUGUAUAUGAAAUGACACAGUGUGGCCAUGACAUGCACUGUUGCACUUCACAACGAGAGUUCGGAAAACCGUUCGGAUGCUUGAAUUUUCCGAGGUUUGGGAAAGUUUGUCAGCCUCGACAUAAAUGUAACU